AUGGGAGUCCAGGGGCUCUGGAAGCUGCUGGAGUGCUCCGGACGGCAAAUAAGCCCGGAGACGCUGGAGGGGAAGAUCCUUGCCGUGGAUAUUAGCAUCUGGUUAAACCAGGCUCUUAAAGGAGUCCGCGAUCGCCACGGGAACUCGAUAGAAAACGCCCAUCUUCUCACUUUGUUCCACCGACUCUGCAAACUCUUAUUUUUCCGAAUUCGUCCUAUUUUUGUGUUUGAUGGGGAUGCUCCACUAUUGAAGAAACAGACAUUGGCUAAGAGAAGGCAUAAAAAGGACUUGGCCGCCAGUGACUCCAAAACAACCACAGAGAAGCUUUUGAAAACAUUUUUGAAAAGACAGGUUAUCAAAACUGCCUUAAAAAGCAAAAGGGAGGAAGCCCUUCCCAGUCUUACUCAAGUUCAGAGAGAAGAUGACAUCUACGCUUUGCCACCUUUACAAGAGAAAGAGAAAAACAGUUCAGAAGAGGAGGAUGAAAAAGAAUGGCAAGAAAGAAUGAGUCAGAAGCAGGCAUUACAGGAAGAGUUCUUUCACAAUCCUCAUGCAAUUGACAUUGAGUCUGAAGAUUUCAACAGCCUGCCCCUUGAAGUAAAGCAUGAAAUCUUGACUGAUAUGAAGGAAUUUACUAAGCGGAGAAGAACAUUAUUUGAAGCAAUGCCAGAGGAGUCCAAUGACUUUUCACAGUACCAGCUAAAAGGCUUGCUUAAAAAAAACUAUCUAAACCAACACAUAGAAAAUGUCGAGAAGGAAAUGAAUCAGCAGCAUUCAGGGCAAAUCCAAAGGCAGUAUGAAGAUGAAGGAGGCUUUCUGAAGGAGGUGGAGUCCAAGAGAGUGGUCUCUGAGGACACUUCCCACUACAUCUUGAUAAAAGGUAUUCAAGCUAAGAAAGUCACAGAAGUGGAUUCAGAGUCCCUUCCUUCUUGCAGCGAAAAGCAUAGCAGGGCUUUAGACACAAAGUCACCUCCGUGUGAAAAACUGAAGUCAAAGAAAGAGCCUCACGCCUCCCCGCCCUCCCCAAGAACCUUGCUGGCCAUGCAGGCUGCCCUGCUGGGCAGUAGCUCAGAAGAUGAGCUGGAGGGUGAGCAUCGCAGGCUGUGUGAUGUGAAGAGCCCACCUGCUCCCGCCCCUGAGGGUUCUGUGUCCCCGCUGACCCUCUUGGCCAUUCAGAGAGCUCUCGAUGAUGAUGAUGAAGAUCUGAAAGUACAUGCCAGUGUGCAGACAGAAGGGGCGGGCAGGAGAAAACCAAGACCGCUGGUGAGCAGUUCUGAUGAGGAAGCUGCGGAAGAACCUCAAGUGAGAGAUGGAGACAGAGAGCUGUUGACGGCAGCGCCUUGCGCUGCCAGUGUGAUCCUCACAGAGGACCAUGUGACCCAUACCAGUGAUGAAAAAGAGCGGACAGACUCGGCUCCUUUACCACGGACUGUCUUUUGUCAAGGCAGCGAGUCUAGCCUUCCAAAAGAACAGACGCCAUCUAUGCACGUGGUGAAGGAACCCUUUCAGACCAGCGCUGAGUCUACAGCUCAGGAUGGAAAAGAUCUUGUUCCUUUAGAAAGCACCGUGGUGCCACAUGGGGAUGCGCCUGGGCUCUGGGGGGGACCAGAGCAGAUACCAACACCUCCGACAAGCCCAAGUUCUGGGUCAAGGAGUGGGACGUACACCAAAGUGUCCGAGCCACAGCAGGCUCUUCCCCCCGAGAGUAAACAUGACACCUCUGUUCUCUCAAGUGAUGACGAAACAGGAUCUGAAAAACAUCCUGCUCCUGACGUCGUUGGCACCACCAGUUUGCAGGACUCGAGUAACACCCUGAGUGUCGCUAGAGAGACAGUAAGUGGCUUAGGAAAUGUGGCAUCUGUUAGUGCCCCAGAGCAUGAGAAUUUCUUGAAAACCAUCCAAGAACAUGAGACUGUUGAAUCUGCAGGCCAGGGUUUGAUUUUGGUGCCAGAGUCCACAGAACCAACAGAAGUAGACUCCGAAGACAGCGAAUCUGACGGAAGUUUCAUCGAAGUGCAGAGUGUAAAUAGCAGUGAUGAACUUCAGGCCGAGUCACGGGAAGCUUCCAGACCUCCCUCAGGACAAGGCGAGGAGGAACCGACAGGAACUGAGAAGGAAGAAGCCACUGGUGACUCCGAGGGCCUCCCGAGAGAUACUUCUGAGAGUGAGGCUGUGGCUACUGAGCAACACGGAGAGACUGAAAAAGAUGCAGACAGUUCGCUCAACGAGUGGCAAGAUAUCGAUCUGGACGAGCUGGAGGCUCUGGAGAGCAACCUCUUAACCCAGCAGGACUCACUGAAAGCUCAAAAACAGCAGCAAGAACGGGUGGCCGCUACUGUGACAGGGCAGAUGUUCUUGGAAAGCCAGGAACUGCUCCGCCUGUUCGGUAUCCCCUACAUCGAGGCUCCCAUGGAAGCAGAGGCUCAGUGCGCCAUCCUGGAUCUGACCGACCAGACUUCCGGAACCAUCACCGAUGACAGUGAUAUUUGGCUGUUCGGGGCGCGGCACGUCUACAAAAACUUCUUCAAUAAAAACAAGUUUGUAGAAUAUUACCAGUAUGUGGACUUUCACAACCAAUUAGGAUUGGACCGGAACAAAUUAAUAAAUUUGGCCUAUUUGCUUGGAAGUGAUUAUACAGAAGGAAUACCAACUGUGGGUUGUGUUACCGCCAUGGAAAUUCUCAAUGAAUUCCCUGGACAUGGCCUGGAACCACUCCGAAAAUUCUCAGAGUGGUGGCACGAAGCCCAGGAGAAUAAGAAGAUAAGGCCGAAUCCAUAUGACACCAAAGUGAAAAAAAAGCUGCGCAAGUUGCAACUCACGCCUGGCUUCCCUAACCCGGCCGUGGCGGACGCUUACCUCAAGCCUGUGGUGGACGAGUCCAAGGGGUCGUUUCUGUGGGGCAAGCCCGACCUUGACAAGAUCAGAGAGUAUCCUUUCCCUUCCGCAGACACAGGGAGCAUCAAGUCAAAUCGUUAUUUUGGCUGGAACAGGACGAAGACAGAUGAAUCUCUGUUUCCUGUAUUAAAGCAACUGAAUGUCCAUCAGACACAGCUCCGAAUUGAUUCUUUCUUUAGAUUAGCCCAACAGGAGAAACAGGAGGCUAAGGGUAUUAAGAGCCAGAGACUUAACAGAGCUGUGACAUGUAUGCUGAGAAAAGAAAGAGAAGCAGCAGCCAGUGAAAUAGAAGCAGCUUCUGUUGCCAUGGAGAAAGAGUCUGAGUUCCUUGAUGAGGAGAAAGGAAAAACCCAGAAGAGAGGCACAGCAAAUAGGUGGAAAGAGCCAUCCAGCCCGAAAAGAAAGAGGCUUUCGGAUUCUAAAGGAGGGAACGACAGUGGUGGGUUUUUGGGGGAGGCCUACCUCUCGCAGUCCUCCGAGGCCUCUUCAGGUGAGGAUGUGGAGUACUUCCCCGCGAUGGGCGUGCAGAGGGCGAAGGCACCCGGGGGGUCCAGAGCCCGCACGUCAGCUGCACAGAGCGCAGCGCAGCCUGCUCCCCGGAGGGACGGCGGGACCACCACGAGCAGCUCCAGCGACGAUGACGAUGGAGCGGGCGCGAAGCCCCUGCUGGUGACCGCCAGGCCUGUGUUUGGGAAGAGAAAGGGGAGACGGAGAAGCACGAGAGGAAGGAAGUGGAAAACCUAA